GGGUACCUUAGUAACAGUAUUCCCCACCUUGAUUGGAAAAUUCAGAUUCCUCGGGUACGCCGUUUAGGGUUUUUGUUUGACAGAUAUUUUUUGCGUCUUCAUCUUGUCUCUUUCAUGCCCUUCCUGUUCUCCACUUUUUUAAGGGGGGAAAAAAAACCCUUUCUUUCUGAUGGUGAUUACUGAUUAUUAGCUCGAAGCAUUUGAAGAUGACAAUCAAACAGAGGCAACAUAUUCAAAACAUUUCAAAACAGAAGAAAGCUUUGGUUUUCAAUGAAAAGAACGAAAAUUUGGGUGAAGCUGCAGAGGCAAAAUCACUCCAGAUGUCAGAUGUGCAGCAGAAUUUGUGGAAGACCCUGCGGCAUGCUGCUGCCCAUCAGCAGUAUGUUGAUAAGCAUAGCCAAUUUAGUGAACAAUCUAGACAGGUAAGAAAAAUGAAGUACAAACUAGCAUGCCUGAGUGACGAUGGGCAAAUAGACAAUGAGCAAGUGAAUGAGGAAAGUGCAGUUGAUCACCUGUUGAUUCUCGCACAGUCUGCUGAACUAAUGCUGGAAUCUGAGGAAAGCUUUGAUGGAUUGCGCAUGAAUGAUAGAAGUCAUGAAGGGUUGCAUAUUAGUCCAAUGGCUCAACAUUCAUUAGAAAAUCUUAGUGAUGCUGCAGUUACUGAUCAGAAAUAUCCUGGGAAAAAAUUUGACGUGAUGCCUGUAAUAGAUCAUGUACGAAAUAAAGAGAAUGGAUUCCGAUGUGAUGGUAAAACUCUCCGAUUAAGUCAAAUUCGAUGUCUAGCUCGAUCAAAAAGUAAUAUAUUAGCGCAGCAAAGUAUUGGGGAUUCUACACUUGGGCAAUUGCAAGGAAGAACACGGCUGACUCAAAUUCGACAUCAAGCGCGGUCCAAAAAUCAUUCACAAGUGCAAGAAGGGACAGAAAAAUCAAGUGUGGAUUUACAUAAAAGAAUUGUACGUUUGACCCAUAUACGGAGCCUAGCUCGAUCUAAAAGCAAUUUAGUAGUUCAAAAAGCACUUCAGGACAACAGGCAUGGGCAUUCUGAUUGUCAAACUUCUGAAGACGACCAAAGGUUUAGGACCAUUGCAGCAAUAUUUGGAGAAGCAGACAGCUUCCAAGCGGGUCAAAAGAUCCAAUUAGGCAAAAAUGACUGCAAGAACAGCACAUACGGAUAAGUUGUCUGAGGUGUGCUGGUUCAUGCGAAUGACUUGUCAUUUUGAAGGACAGGUUGAGGUUUUAUGAAUACAUAUUUAAGAGCAUUUCUAUCAUUAUAGUUGUUGGGAAGUUUAUAUUUUGGUUUUUCUAAUAUGUGACCUAAGGGCGCACGUUAAUUGAUAUACUUGGAAAAAUUCACUUAUAUAACUAAUUGAUCUAUUUCCAUAACCGUGGAAGAAUGGCUUCUGUAAUUUAAUAUCAUUGGGUAUGGAGAUUAAAUUAUUCCAAUUACCCUUUGGGAACAUGUUCGACAAAACCCUUUGUGUUUAAGAAUUGACAUUCAUGGGCACCAUUUUCAAUCUGUUAUUUUGUACAGGAUGUUGCCUAGAAUAUUUUAUUAUGUAUUCCCUGAA